GUGGGUGAGCAGUGGGAACUUUUCUUUAAGAUUCAAAAAUUAAAAACCAAAGCGCACCAAAUUCCCAAAAUUCCCCGCCACUGCCGCCAUGGCCAUAGAUCCCAACCACACCACCACUACAGCCACUGCCGCCAUGGCCACCACCACAGCCACCUCCACUGUCCCCACAACCACCACGAGACCUAUAAGACCCAUAUCAUCUUCUCCUGUUCCGCCUAAUCUGUACCCAAGCCAAGCCCUCCCAAUUCGAACCCAAUCACCAUCAGCAUCACCAGUAGCAGCAGCAGCACAUCACAAUCAGGGGGUUCUUUACCCAGUGGCUUCUUCAGGCCGAGGCUUCAUUCCCAGGCCCAGUUGGCCCGCCACUGCCGGAGGCGAACACACAGUCACUGUGGCCAACGCCGGAGGAGGAGGAGCUGGAGCUGCCUACCCAUCUCGGCCCUUACUCAAUUUCCCUCCUCAGCAGCCUAUUUCACUGCAAUUGAUAAGACCCACCUACAACUUGGCACCAUCUCCUCUUCCUCCUUCGAUUAAGGGCCUUCCCCUUUCUUCAACUCCCGAGGUUUCUACUUUUCUGUUUUUUGUUGUUGCUUGUUGUG